CUCUGAUCUCCAGCUCCUACAUGACCACCACGACCACUACCACCACCAUCACAAAGCCUCUUUCUGGGGGGCUAGAGAAUGAGGGGGAGAAAUUAGAAAAGAUUUUCCAACAAUGGGGAGAAGACAUCCGUCCUGAAAUGAAAGAAGACAUACAUGACCCCAGCUACCAGGAUGAGGAGGGGCCCCCGCCCAAGCUGGAGUAUGUCUGGAGAAACAUCAUCCUCAUGGCCCUGCUGCACUUGGGGGCCCUGUAUGGGAUCACACUGGUUCCCUCCUGCAAGGUCUACACCUGGAUCUUCGUGUAUGUAUCAUAUAUAGUUACUGGCCUGAGCAUCACAGCCGGGGCGCAUCGCCUGUGGAGCCACCGAACCUAUAAAGCACGACUGCCCCUGAGGCUCUUCCUCAUCAUAGCCAACACCAUGGCUUUCCAGAAUGAUGUGUAUGAAUGGGCCCGAGAUCACCGCGCCCACCACAAGUUCACAGAAACACACGCCGACCCUCACGAUUCCCGGCGUGGCUUUUUCUUCUCUCACGUGGGCUGGCUGCUUGUGCGCAAACACCCGGCUGUCAAAGAGAAAGGUGGAAAACUGGACAUGUCUGACCUCAAAGCUGAGAAGCUGGUCAUGUUCCAGAGGAGGUACUACAAGCCCGGCCUCCUGCUCAUGUGCUUCAUCCUGCCCACACUGGUGCCCUGGUAUUUCUGGGGAGAGACUUUUCAACACAGCUUUUAUGUUGCCGCUUUACUGAGAUAUGCCUUGGUGCUCAACGGCACCUGGCUGGUGAACAGUGCCGCCCACCUCUAUGGAUAUCGCCCUUAUGACAGGAACAUUGGAGCCCGACAAAAUAUGCUAACUUCAAUGGGAGCCCUGGGCGAGGGCUUCCACAACUACCACCACACCUUCCCCUACGACUACUCUGCCAGUGAGUACCGCUGGCACAUCAACUUCACCACGUUCUUCAUCGACUGCAUGGCUGCCCUGGGCCUGGCUUAUGACCGGAAGAAAGUGUCCAAGGCCGCUGUCUUGGCCAGGAUCAAAAGAACUGGAGAUGGGAGCCACAAGAGUGGCUGAGUUCCUGUUCCAAAUGUCACUUGGGCAGAAGGUUAAUGUUCUGCUGAUGACUAUAGAGAAUGCUACAAGAAUGCUAAAGAUGACCUUAACCCACCAGGCAGUGGUGGCACACGCCUGUAAUCCCAGCACUCAGGAGGCAGAGGCAGGCGGAUCUCUGUGAGUUCAAGGCUAGCCUGGUCUACAGAGCUAGUUGCAAGACAGCCAGAACUACACAGAGAAACCCUGACUUGAAAAACAAACACAACAACAAAAAGAUGACUUUUACCUACUCCUGUACAGCACUUUUUUCCCGAGAGAGGGCUUCUCUGGGUAGCCCUGGCUAUCUGGAACACACUCUGUAGACCAGGCUGGCCUUGAACUCAGAGAUCACCUGCCUCUGCCUCCCAAGUGCUGGGACUAACAGUGUGCACCACACCACCACAGCCCUGCUGUGUACAGCACUCUUAUAAAAUGCUCAGGUAUCAAAAGGCAAUACCUCUCCUUUAUGAUGCUAAGCUGAUACACUUGCCUUUUCAUCCUAUCCUUUCUCCAUAUCUCCCUCAUCUCUUACACAAGUGGUGUUACUCAUCAGUUCUUUCUUGUCUAGCAUUCUUUGCAUAGUCCAGUAGUCAAGUGUGCCUCAGAAAGCUUUCACUGAAGCGCCCUGUACUUCAUGGUAGGUGGCUUAAUUUGGAGAUGCGAUGAAGUCUGAGUAGGACAUCUUAAUUGUCAAGAAUCUAUGGUCUGCUAGAUAAGAGAGGACAAGAACUUUACUUGACAGAGUGUGCAAAGCACGCACAUUGUAAUGGGAAAGGGUUACCAUGCCAGGUAUGAUUCUUAAGCAGGAUUGGUGUUAUGUGAAAUGAGUUAUAAGGAAGUCUUUCUGUGAUCAGACUCAGCUGCUUUUCAAGCAGCGAUGGAACGCCCCUCCCAACACACACACAGCAUCCUUCCUUUCUGUCCUGAGCCCCAGAGCUUGGCAAUGUCAAAACACAGCCGUAAAUCCAACAUCUAAAUAUUAUUUAGAGUAAGGAUCUAAAACAAGCAUUUAUGGAGUAAGUGCAGCUGGGAUGGAGUUGGCUUUUCUGUUAUAACAGGAUCUCUUGUUUCAUAGAACAAGAGGUAUUCAGGUAGGCUGUGUCCAGAAUGGGUGAGUAAGACAUUCUUAGAGUUUUGAGCAGUCCCUGAGACGCUGCUCACCCAACUUCCUUCAUUGCUCUGCUCUGUCAUCUUUAGGUGGCUAGACUGCUUCUAAUGCUUGUAAGAUGGCUGUGGAUUUAUAAACUCCCUAAGCAAGAAAGGAGCAGGAAGAGAGUUGGGCUGACCAGGACAAGUGGUGACCUAAUUAUCUGAUUGUGAUUCUGAGUUUCUGUCUUUGAAAGACGUUCAUAAGGAGACAGGAGUAGACAGCAGAGGGAAUAUCUGCUCACCUGUUCCUCCCAUUCCAAGGCAGUGAUGGAGAGGUUGAGGGACAGUGUUGGUAGUUUCUCAGAAGUAACUUCCUGGAAGAAGGCUCUACAAGAUACCCAGGGGAUUGUCAGCUUCCUGAGUAGGGACUCUGUUCAACUGAAACAGUCUCAACGCCAGGUCCCUUUAUUAAUCCAAAUUGCUCUUGGAUUGAUCAAAUCGAGGCCUCUGCCUGCAGUGUUAUGCCUCUUCCCCCAUAGUCCUUGCUCUGAACCAUCCCGCCCUGCAGGACUGUCCUGGGGGCAGGGUAGGAACCUCUGACGCAGUCACUCUGCCUUCCUGGCUCUACCUUUCUGUUCUCCUGCUGGUCUGGUCUGUUCC